AUGGAGAUUCUGCUCGGACAGUGGGUGGCCUCGGUCACGAUUCCAGCCCUUACACUCAUCGCGCUCAAGUUGUUCUGCCACCAAAUGUACUAUCCGAUCUCCUCCCUGUCUUUCAGGUACACUAACAUCAUACAGCCGAAGCGCGCCCCGAACCUCCAAUCGAUGCCACGCAACGUCCUCCGCAAGAUCAUCGGCUUCGCGCUGCCACACAAGAUCUCCAUCUCCGCCAAUUCUGAUGGCUGUGGUUCCACGUUCAACGCCAAAUGCCGCCUCCGCUGGAACGACGAAGGUAAUGCGUGGGACCAACCUAUCCGAGGUCUACGUCGCGUCUGCAAGUCCUUCUUUGUCCCUGCCAGCCAGGUCAUCUACAGUCGAAUCGAGAUCAAGGUCUUGGGUAUUUUGGGAGAGCACAAGCGUGAGGUCUUCUGGAAGGAUUUCGCGCCGUACGUGGAGGUGAGCGAGGUGAGCGAGGCGAGCAAGCAGUAUGAGAAGACGUACUGGUGGGCUGUUCAUCAUUUGCAUCGUGUCAUGAAUGGAGAGGGAGCAUGCUGCGAUCAUAGCAAUGGGCGCAAGGUGUGGGACAUGUGGGGAAAGGAUCAAGGCUGCGCUGUGUGCUACCAGCGACGCUUCGGGGUUGUCGGUGCAAUCAUUCGGUUCUAG